AUGGACUCUUUGCUCGCCACCAACUAUGCCUCUUCAGACGAAGAAGAAGAAUCGCAACAGCGGAAUCACCAACCCUCCAAUUUCGCACCUUUAGGUAACUCCGACGACGACGACCAUAUUUUAUCUGUUGCCAAUAAGCCUUCCUCCGUGUUUUCUCUUCCGCCACCAAAAUCAUCUUCCUCUAUGCUUUCUUCACUUCCUGCUCCCAAGGCAUUCCGAGCAGACCCCUUAAACCUCCCGACUCCCUUCGCUUCCUCGGAACCUAAACCCAAAAAGGAUAGUAUUGUUGAUGAUGAUGAUGAUGAGGAGAAAGAAAAACGAAGAAAAGGAUCCGAACCUGCUUUGCAGGCUCUGUCUGUGGAGAGUUUCUUAUUGAGCUUGCCCGUGCCAAAGAACUCAGGUACAUUGGGAGCUUUGCCCCUUGGUUCUGGCACUAGUAGAAGGUCCAUUCUUGAAGCCAAUGUGCCUGCUUCUUCUGACUCUAAUGAAGCCCAAUCUGUGAAGAGUUUCUUAUCAAGCUUGCCUGUGCGAAAGAGUUCGGGUACAUUGGGAGCUUUGCCCCUUGGUUCUGGCACUAGUAGAAGGUCCAUUCUUGAAGCCAAUGUGCCUGCUGCUUCUAAUGAAGCCCAAUCUGUUCAAGGAUCAACAGUGAGAUCCUCUGGAGGGUAUCAAUCCGAAUAUGUGGAUCAUGUUGGUGGAUAUCAGCAAUGGGGUACCGAGGGUGAGAGUUAUCCCAACUACCGAGGUUAUACUGGAUAUGGCAAUGGUGAUGGCCAGUAUUCUAAUUGGGUUGGACCGAACGGGGAACAGUAUUCAAACUAUGCUUCCGGUUGUGGUGAUUAUGGACAGUUUGAGCAUAAUUGGGUUGAUGGCUCUAAUGCUUCUUCACAAGAACUCCCGGGAGCAGCUGAAAGUGCAUUGAGGUUGACGGGGAAGUGUGGUAGGAAUGAUGCUACACAGCAAAUAGUUGAGGUAAAGCUGGAUGAGUUGAUGAAGAAUCGCCCGGGGGAAGAUCAGGUCAGACUGACUGGUAUUGCUUUUGGGCCAUCAUACAAGGUACGUGUUUCCUAUGCAAAUAAACUUCUUGAUUUCCAUAAUGGGUACAACUGA